GGUUCAAUUUAGUUAGACCCAAUCCUCCCAAAUUUCUGGUUUGUUUUUUUGUAACUUCAAUUACAUACAUAAUGUUGUUUAAAAGACGGAAUGCAUAAUGAAAUGAAAUGAAUUACUCAUUUGUAUUUUCUGUGAUGCCAUGUUAAUUUUACUAUGGAUAUUUUUCAGGUGUGUACUGAUGUAUUGUCAUUAUUGUAUCAUUUGGAAACCUCUCCUAUUGGUUCGCUUCUCCUGUCAGACUUCAAGUUGAGCCAGAUGGUGUUUGUUAACGGGACAGUGAAGCUCGCCGACUUGGAUGACUUGGCACCUGAGGAACAGCACUGUACUUCGGAUUCUCAGUGCUACUUUAAAAAAAAGGACCUAGGUGUUUCCUGUGUACAGUCGAUGUGUCAUGGUAGAAAUGCGAAGUUGAAUCUCUUGGGGUUUCUAUCAAAUUUUCGAAAAAUAAUCAUCAGCGACAUUCCCGCUGACCUUGAAUCUGAGGUCAACAUGGCAGUUCAAAUGUUGGAAGAGCUACAGGUAUCCAGUGGAAAGCUUGUUGAUAUUUUUAAAACAUUCCAAAGACAUGCCACCAAAUAGAGUACCGUAAUUUCCUUCUUUUUACUAUAUAUUUGAAGAUCAACUCACCAAAUUUAUAUUUAUUAUUAAGAUUAUAAAUUUAAAGAUUAAGUGUUGUGCUAAGACUAAUUUUACAGAUAAAAUAUGUGCUCUUACAGUGAUGAGUGGGGUAUAUUUAAUAUAUAAUUUUUUUAAAUAUUUCCUCUAAAUAUAUCCAUAUUUAAAAAAAACAAAACAAAACUUUAUGUAUCAAUUGGACAUAUAAUGAGCUUAAUUUACACAACUGAGUAAGUGAGUGACUGAGUGUAACUUCAGUAAA